AGCAGUAACCUCCCCUCCCUGUCAGAUUUAUCUCUACACCAAGGAAAUACUGUAAUGCCGAUGCUGUAGAUCAGGAAACCCAGUUUUGAAAACGCCUGUCAUCAUUAAAGGAGUACUGCCAGAGAGCAGGCUGGCAGAGCAUGACAACACUUCUGAAUCCCAUGGAGUUUCACUGAAUCCCCUUUCCAAUGUUUCAGUGCUUUGGGCCAUGGCCUCUCUGUCAGGGACUACAAGCUGGUGAGCUCUAUUUGCACCGUUAGGUACUAAGCAACAUGAACCGUGAAGACCGGAAUGUGCUCCGUAUGAAAGAAAGAGAAAGGCGAAAUCAAGAAAUCCAGCAGGGAGGAGAGGCCUUUCCAGCUCACUCCCCUCUCUUUCCUGAACCUUAUAAAGUUUCCAGCAAAGAAGAUAAACUGUCCAGUCGUAUCCAGAGUAUGCUUGGAAACUACGACGAGAUGAAGGAACCUAUCGGAGACACAAUUCCAAAACUCGGUGGCAAACCCUCAGGCUCGUCGUCCUCUGAGGAGAAGUCCGGCCAGUCUCUGUUUGGGGACCAGCGUGGCGGUGGUAGUGGCCAGAGCAGUAAAUGGACUCCAGUAGGCCCAGCGGCCAGCACUUCGUCCUCCCAGUCCUCUAAGAGAUCCAGCCUCCAGGGCAGCCACAGCAGUAGCAGGAGUAGCGGUAGCAGCAGCAGUAGCCAAAGACACGAGCGGGAACACAAGAAGUCCAGCAAGCAUGGCUCAGAACACUCCAAGUCCCACACGUCCAGCCCAGCCAAGGGUUCCCUGAGCUCAAGUCACUCCCGGUCACUGGGUGCUGAGCACCACGGCAAGGAGCGCUACCGCUCCAAGUCCCCGCGCGAGCGCGAGGCCAACUGGGACUCCCCGUCGCGUGUGCACACAUCUUUCCCCAGCGGCCCGCACUCCAGCCAGGCCUUCCCCCCUUCGCUCAUGUCCAAGCCCAGCUCCAUGCUGCAGAAGCCUACAGCCUACGUGCGCCCCAUGGAUGGCCAGGAGACGGUGGAGCCCAAGACCUCAUCAGAGAUGUACAGCGGCCAGUCCCACAGCAGCACCAUGGGGGAGAUGAAGUCCAACGGCAAGGCCUCGCUCUCCAAGCUCAAGAUCCCCUCGCAGCCUGUUGAGGGUCCAAUGACUGGGGAUGCGAAUUGUGUUGAUGAGAUUUUAAAGGAAAUGACUCAGUCCUGGCCCCCUCCGUUGACAGCCAUUCACACCCCCUGCAAAACGGAGCCUUCAAAGUUUCCAUUCCCCUCCAAGGACACCCAGCACGCAAGUUUUCCAGGUGCACACAAGAGACCAACCAAGACGUCGAGCAGUCACCAGUCCAAGGCAGCACCAUGCGAUGGAGAUCAGGCCAAUAAUGUUUUGCUGGAAGAUGACCUGAAGCUCAGCAGUGAUGAGGACAGUGAUGGAGAACAGGACUCGGCCAAAAACACCUCCAGAAACGCAUCAGCAAGUAACAACAGUAAUAACAGCGAGGCAGCACACUCGCGGGACGACUCCAGCAGUCACAGUGGCUCAGAGAGCAGUUCGGGGUCGGACAGCGAGAGCGAGAGCAGCUCCACAGACAGCGAGGCCAACGAGCCCCCUCGCCCGGCAUCACCAGAGCCUGAACCAGCCACAGCCAAUAAAUGGCAGUUGGACAACUGGUUCAAGAAAGCCAAGCAGUUCUCCCCGGCCUCCCCAGUGGACAAUAAUGUACCCACCAAGUACAAGAAGGAGGGGCGGGACCAGAGCUCAGGCCGGGGCUACAGCGGGCAGGGCGGGUCUAAAGACUCAGGGGCGCCGACACCUAGCAGGGACCUGAGGGCAGCACAGAAGGGCUCAGAGAGCGGCCGUGGCCGGCAGAAAUCUCCCGCUCAGAGCGAGGGUGGCCCGGGCCAGCGCAGAACAGUGGGUAAAAAACAGCCCAAAAAGUCUGAGAAGCCCCCGGUGGUGGAGGAGCCUAAGGGGGGGCUGAGGGUUGAGAGUGAACCCGCUCCGGAGAUCCCUCCCCAUCGGCCCAAGGCCGCCACCAAGGGCUCCCGCAAACCAAACAUCAAGAAGGAGCCCAAGUCCUCGUCCAUACCGGCCGUGGACAAGCGCAAGAGCAAGGCGCUCACUAAGACUUCCCAGAAGUCCCGGGAGUUUGUGGACACGGACGACUCCUCCUCGGAAUCGGAGGAGAAUGACAGCAUUCCCUCAUCGUCUCAGACCCCCAAGUACACAGAGAGCAUCAGGACUCCAGUGUGUGUGUUCUCUCCUAUGGAAGAGAAGGAGCUGCUCUCUCCUCUCAGCGACCCGGACGACCGCUUUCCCGUCAGGCAGCAGCAGGUGCUCAUGGUGAAGAUCGACCUUAGCCUGCUCUCCCGUGUUCCUGGACGGCCCUACAAAGACCUGCUAGAGCCCAAAGUAGAGAGGGACUGCUCCCUGGACAGAGACAAGGACUUCCAGAAGCAGCCCUCUGAGAAGAGCUCCGGUAAGGGCAAGAGGAAACACAAGAAUGAUGACGAGAGCGCCAAGCCUGAUAGCAAGAAGUCCAGACUUGAAGACAAAUCCUCAUCUCAUCACAAAAACAGCAGCAAAGAGUCUAAGAGGGCCAUGGAGGCCAAGGUGAAGGAGGAGCCGGUGCCCUCUCCCUCCAUAUCAGGGUCAGGAGGGCUGCAGAGGACGCCCAAGGCGGAGCACCAGAGCCGCAAGCGGACGGUCAGCCAGUCGUCCACCUCCCUGUCCAGCGGAGCCAGCAGCGGCAAGGAGGGAGGCCACAGCACCAAGACCAGCUCCACCUCCAAACACAGGAAGGGCGAGGACAAGCAGGGCAGGAGCAGCCGGGAGGGCAAGGAGAAAUCCUCAAAGGGCUCUGAUAACAAGCUUGCUGUGCCACCGCUCUCCUCGGAAGGCUCAAAGUCCCUGAGAUCAAAACUGCUGUUUGAGGACAGGGUUCACUCUGCUGAUCACUACUUACAAGAGGCCAAGAAACUGAAACACAAUGCAGAUGCACUGAUGGACCGGUUUGAGAAGGCUGUGUACUACCUGGAUGCUGUGGUGUCCUUUAUCGAGUGUGGAAACGCACUGGAGAAGAGUGCUCAGGAGGCUAAGUCCCCCUUCCCCAUGUAUGCCGAGACCGUGGAGCUCAUCAAGUACACUAUGAAGUUAAAGAGCUACAUGGCCCCAGACGCUACGUCAGCAGACAAACGGCUAGCCGUGUUGUGCCUGCGAUGCCAGUCCCUCCUCUACCUGCGACUGUUCAAGCUGAGGAAAGAGAGUGCACUGAAAUACUCUAAAACACUCACAGAGCACCUGAAGAAUUCCUUGAGUAACACCCAAGCUCCCUCUCCUGGAAUGGGAAAUAAAGCGGCUGGCAUGCCCUCUCCAGUCUCUCCCAAGCUGUCCCCAGGUAGUGCCGGUAGCUACUCGUCAGGCACAUCCAGCUCCAGUGGUAGCUCCUCAGUCACCAUUCCCCAACGCAUCCACCAGAUGGCUGCCAGCUACGUCCAGGUCACCUCCAACUUCCUCUACGCCACCGAGGUGUGGGACCAAGCAGAGCAGCUGGCCAAAGAGCAGAAAGAGUUCUUCACGGAGCUGGACAAGGUGAUGGGCCUUCUGAUCUUCAACACCAGCAGCAUGACAGAACUGGUGCGCUUCACACGGCAGGGCCUACACUGGCUGCGGCUGGACGCUAAGCUCAUUCCCUGAAGGAUGCUAUAACCCCCCCCCCACACACACACACACACACACACACACACACAGUCAACCGCAACGCACCGCUGCCCCUCCAUGCACACAUGAACUUAUCUGCCUCAGACAUAUCUAUAACACUGUGUCCAUUUUCUACACCAGCUUGCCAAAAACACUGAGCGAUAUUGAGCAUCUUACACGGGGGAGGAGGACUCCAACUUCACAGACGCUAUCUGUACAUACUAGCAAAUCCACUAUUAAUGGUCUUUGUCAUAUCUUUGGGUGGUACAAAAGAAAGUAAUUGUUCUAUUUGGCACAACGCUUUUGCUGAAUUAUUUUAGAUGAAAUACACUAAACGCUUUUUAUUCUAUAGGCUAUAAGCACAUUAUUCACAUUUGGCUUUUAUUUAUUUAUAUAUAUAGUUGAAGUCGGAAGUUUACAUACACUUAGGUUGGAGUCAUUAAAACUCGU